AUGGAGGUCACAGCUCUCUGCAUCCGACUGUCAAUGAAUGUGUUGUUCCUGCUGUGUGCACUUGAUCAGAAAGUAGGUUCAGUGUUUAUUCGCGUCGUCGCAAACAGACUUCAGUUCUUUGAGUAUGAGAAUGUAACUGUCCAUUGUGAAGGACUCAAAGAGGAAGAACUGUUGUGUAGAACUUCUAGUAAACUGGAAUCAACAGGUUCUUCCUGCAUCGUUAACCAUGCUUUUCCAGAAGACAGUGGACAAUACUGGUGUGAGACUAGAGCGGUGAAGAGCAGCAACAGCGUCAACAUCACUGUCACUGAUGGCUCAGUGAUCCUGGAGAGUCCUGUCCAUCCUGUAGAGGAGGGAGACUCUGUUACUCUACGAUGCAGAAACAAGACGACCUCCUCUACCAUCACAGCUGAUUUCUAUAAAGACGGCCUCCUCAUCAGGAGCAGCUCUACGGGAAACAUCACCAUCCCCAAUGUUUCUAAGUCUGAUGAAGGACUCUACAAGUGCAGAAUCUCUGAUGGAGGAGAGUCAGCAGAGAGCUGGCUGACUGUCAGAGGUAAAACACAUCCUACAUCCUCCAGUCCUACCUCCUCCAGUUCUGUCCUAUGGAUCGUUGUCUCUGUUUUGUUGGUGGUUCUUCUGUCGGCGGUCGGACUGCUUCACUUUGGCAAUGUUUUUUGCCACAGAG